AUGAAUUUCAGAGUGUGGUUGUUAGUGUGGUUUUGUGGUUUAACUUUGGCUGAGGAUGAGUUAGGUGAAUCACAAGUAACCACUGAUAUAAAGUCCUGCUUUCCUAACAUGUGCAAGCUCCUUAAAGAAUUUAAGGCCAUGAAAGAGAAACUAAAAGCUAUGGAAACAAAUAUGAAUGAGAAGCAAGAAGCUCUCGAAACAAGGCUGAAUGAGAAUGAAAGUCUGGUUCUGGAGCUGAAGAAGAAAGAAGCACAAAAGGUCGCAUUCAGCGCUGCAACAGGUGGAAAUGGAGCAUGUGGGCCUUUCACCACACAUACAACCAUAAUCUACAGAAAAGUGAUAACAAAUGUGGGCAAUGCCUAUAAUCAGAACACAGGUAUUUUUGUUGCACCUGUUGCAGGCAUAUAUUACUUUACCUUCUUUUAUCAUGCUGGAGGAAACCAACCUGUAAGUCUAGCCCUCAUGAAGAACAACGAACUUAUUGUGACUGCCUAUGAUCUUAAGUCAUCUUACGAUGGGUCUGAUAAUGGUGGAAAUGCAGCAUUUCUGCAACUGCAGCAAGGAGACCAUGUUUAUAUGCGGCUGCUUGCUACCACUCAUUACUUUGGGAACAGCCACAUCACUACAUUCAGUGGGGUUCUUCUGCAUCCACUGUGA